AUGAAUUGUCCUAAUAAUACAACAUCAGGAUUUGACAAUUCUUCACGGAUUCCGGCACCACAACUUAACCCGUUCAUUUUAGCUACCACAUGGUUCACUGUCAUAGCUUGCGCAUUAAGUCUUUUAGGCAACGGACUUGUGUUGUUCCUGUUUGUGCGCACUCGCGCUUUGCGCACUAGUUUCAACAUCUACAUCGCGAAUGUCGCCGCGGCAGAGAUUAUUUACGGCAUUUGCGGCAUUCCGGUACAGUUCGCGAAUCAAUACUACAACUACUGGCCGUAUGGGUUUGGUUGGUGCAGUUUUCUGGAGGGUGGCGCUACGGUAGCGGGUGCCAGCAUCCGGCAGGCGCACAUGCUGAUGACCCUCAAUCGGAUGUGGGCCAUUCUGCAGCCACAUUCGUAUAAUCAGCAACAUACAUGGAAGAUGGCCCUGUUUUUUAUUCUUCUGACCUGGGGUUUGGUCGCCGGAGCAAAUAAAGUGUCUCCGCUCCAAGUAGCUUCCAGGAAACGUAGCCGCGGUCGGACCGGCAACGGCAGCAACCGUGUAUUUGUCUACGUGUCGAUUGCCGUCACGCUGUGCUGGUCCUCGACAUCGGCAUUCUGGAUUCUAGCCGAUCAUACGGGAUACUGGGACGAAACUUACUAUGGUUUGCAGACUUGCAUAACCUACGCAAAUUCGGUCCUCAACCCGGUAUUGUGUUUUGUCGCCAUGGAAAAGUAUCGGCUUGCUUUAAAAAAAUGUUAUCCUGCGUCCGUUUGACUGUGUCAUAGUGGCGUUUAGAAAA